UGACGCUCUGACGCUGCGUUUAACUCCGAAGCUCACGGCAAUCGACAGAGACAAUGGAGGCGCGAUGGGCGAGCGUGGUGGUUAUAAUGGUGGGACUAUUCGGCGUCGUUUUGGCAUACCGUCGCCCUCCUCCUCGUCGGGCAAUCUUCAUCCCACACUCCAUGGACGAGGAUUCUGAUACGUCCCCUCAACAGGUGCAUGUGUCUCAGGUGGGGCAAAACAACAUGAGAAUCUCAUGGAUCACACAGAGCACAGCCCCUGCCAUUGUUCAUUACGGUCCUUCUCCUGAAGCCAACGCUUCCUCUGCCAACGGAACCACCUCUUCCUACCGCUACUUCACUUACCAGUCCGGCCUCAUUCACGACGUCGUCAUCGGCCCUCUCAACCCCAACACCCUUUACUACUACCGUCUGGGUGACUCACCUUCCUCCCCACACUACUCUCUCAAAACCCCACCUUCUCAAUUCCCCCUCAGAUUCGCUGUCGUAGCUGAUCUCGGACAGACCGAUUGGACUCGCUCUACCCUCCAACACAUUGCUGAUUCAAGCUACGACAUGUUGCUGUUACCUGGAGACCUGUCUUAUGCAGAUACUGUGCAGAAUCUGUGGGACUCCUAUGGUCGCCUCGUCCAGCCAUUAGCCAGCCAGCGUCCUUGGAUGGUCACCCAGGGCAACCAUGAGAUCGAGAAUAUUCCCCUUGUUCAUAGCCAGCCCUUCACCGCCUACAAUGCCAGGUGGCGGAUGCCCUUCGAACAGAGUGGAUCCGACUCCAACCUGUACUAUUCUUUCGAGGUUGCUGGUGUGCACGUCAUCAUGCUCGGCUCCUACACCGACUUUGAUUCUGAUUCUGCGCAGUAUCGAUGGCUCGUGACCGACUUGCAAAAGGUGGACAGGAAGAAGACGCCUUGGAUACUGGCGCUUCUGCACGCUCCUUGGUAUAAUUCCAACACUGCUCAUCAGAAUGAGCCCGAGUCCCAUGCCAUGAAGGCCGCCAUGGAAGAUUUGCUGUAUAAAGCUCGUGUUGAUGUUGUUUUUGCAGGCCAUGUUCAUGCCUAUGAGCGCUUUGCUCGAGUCUACAAGGACAAGGCUGUUAAUUGCGGUUCAGUGCAUAUCACGAUAGGUGAUGGCGGCAAUCGAGAAGGCCUCGCCACCAAAUACAUAGACCCAAAACCGGAGAUAUCGCUAUUCAGGGAGGCUAGCUUUGGACAUGGGGUGUUGGAUGUGGUGAAUGCAACGCAUGCGCGUUGGACUUGGCAUAGGAAUGACGACGACGAAGCUGUUGUCGCUGACUCACUCUGGUUGAAUAGCCUCUCUACUCUGCCUGAUUGUCAAGUUUAGUACUAUAUCUACACAUUCUCACUUGAAGAAAUGUAUGAUGCGGCUCGCCUCCAAUUGUGACUGAAAAUUUAAGACGGUAGCUGAAGUCCUAUUCUAGUCUUGUUGUAAUAACUUUGAAAGAAUACACAGUAUACACUGGUGUAAUUAUCAUCAAAAUAUAAAUUAUUAAUUUGGAGUCUUAUCUAUGCUCAAAAACAUGGUAAAUUUAUAAUGACAGAAGUAGCACGCAGGUUUCUCCUUGUGCGAAGAACCCAUGUAUUAUGAUUCUAUCAAGUCACUAAUGAAAAUGUAUCAUUCUAGACUUA